CUGUUACCCUUCACUGUAAAGUCUCAGAAAAAAAAAAGGAAAAAACCCUUUCACUGUAAAGAUCACGAAGAAAGGAGUGGGCUGACCAAAGAGUAACAGAAAAUUGAGGAGAGGUUUUCACUUUCUGGUUCUGGGAUGGUGUUUGGAAGUAUUUAUAUUGUAGAAAGCACAAUCUUCUAAGAUUUGUGUGGGAUAAACUAUUGAUGUACUGCUAAUCAGACCAGGCUUUCAAUAGGACUCAUCUGGCACAAUGGUAGGCCUGUUGCACCUAUUUGAGUGUAGCCAGUCCAGCAUGUUGUGGACACGUAAGAGACAUGUCGAUGGUAGGUUGAUUAUUUACUUUUAUAUUUCUUAUUUUUUGAAGUUAUAAGCUCCUGUUGUCUGUUAUUGCUUAUCAGUUUUUGUUUUGUUUCUUGGUAUGUCUGUAUGGUGGCAAGGCACAGAAGGUGAAAAAUCCAUGAAUCUUAGAAAGGACAAUGCUAUCAACCUAUGUGACUCCCUGUUUAACUUUUGUAAUUUCUAUUUAAAAUUUCAACCCUGUAGUUGUAUCUGAAUUUCAAGACCUUCUCUGAGUAGAACCUUUUCCAAGUCCUUGCAACUUAAUGCUUUCAUUUCUGAUAAUGGAUUCAACCAAUGUCGAGGGUUGUGUCCUUGCAGUCCUGUGGGACUUCUCUUUUGUAACUGAUACGGAGCUUUACCUUUCAUUGAAGAAGAAAAAAAAAAUCAUGAAGUUCAUGCAAUUAGGACGUGAUGGAUUACAAUACCACAGGCUUGAAUCACCAAAGCCACCUCUGACAUCUACAUCCACCCAUGAGGGACAGCUGCACAGAAAAAUAAGCCCAAUGAGUUUUCUCUAUCUGAUUUCUCUUUUGGCUAUACUAUUUAGAAAUGUAAUACUGUUAAUUGCCUCUUCUUCAGGCUUUGAAGCCCCUUGGAAUAGCAUGGAACUACCAACGGAAGCUUCUCAGAACAUUUCUGCUAUGGGAAGCAACAUAUUGUAUUUAUUUCACGCGAAGCAGAAUUCCUCUGAAACAAGUUGUCCAAGUGAGAAUUCCUCCGAAAAUCCAAGUGAGAAAUCCAUGAAGAAUUUGAUUGACGGGGAGAUAUCUAAAGGACCAGAGACGAGACGCAAUGCGCCGAGUGUAGUUGCUCGCUUGAUGGGAAUGGAUGCAUUACCAUCAGACCCGAAAUUGACAAUCCAUGAAAAGGAGAAAAGGAAUGAAAAAACAGGACAGAAAACCCAAAGAGAAAAACAACUACAAAAUGUCUUGGUUGAAUUUAAUCCUCUAGAAUCAAAACAUUUAAAACAAAGGGAAGUAAAGUUUAUAUCCCGUCGUAGAAUAAGACAAUUUGACCGGUCCAGUUGUGUCCCAAAGUUUGAAAAACCACGACCUCGGGAACAUCCUCAAGAGGAGGAACUACAGAAAUUCAAGAAAGAAUUUGAAGCAUGGCAAGCAGCCAUGGUUUGGGAAAGGUUUGUUGAACUUGGCAGAAUUCCUCCUCAAUGGCUCGCUCAAGAGAAUCUCAACAAGGAAAAGAUGGCUCUCUACACAGGUUCUAGGAGAUCCACAUCAAAUGAGAAACCUAUAGAACUAAAGCAUCAGAAGUCACUGCCAAUACAAGAAACAAAUUGCCAAGAAAUUUGUGCUUCAAAACAUCAUGGAUUUAAGAAGGAAGCUCUCCAAACUAGCAAAAAGGAACAUGUGAAUUUGCAAAAUUGCACCAUAGACUUGGAGCAUGUCCCCGAAAUUAAUUGUAAUCCAAAACUUGGUAAAUCUUCUGUACCCACUAAGAUAGUGAUCUUGAAGCCUGGCCUUGAUAGAAAUGGAGGCAGUGAAGACUCUUGGGCUGGUUCAUCGGAUAGUGUUGAAGAGGAAGGCAGUAUUGAAGAUUUUCUUGAGGAGGUGAAGGAAAGGCUGAGAUGUGAAUUACAAGGAAAGAAUGCUGAAGGGGAUAUGGUGGUCAAAGGGGGUGGAAUUGAGACCCCUUUCAGGGAAAAGCAGUCAAAUCCAAGAGAAAUUUCCUGCAGUAUUGCUAAGCAGGUAAGAGAAAAUGUUACAAAGGACCUUGGGGUGAAUUUGCUCCGAUCAGAAUCAAGCAGAUCAUGUAGAAGCGAAAUCCAAGUCAAUGGGUUAAGUUCUCCAGAGUUCAUCAACAGAGACACCAGGAAAUUUUUGUCGGAGAGGCUGAGGAAUGUUCUCAAACCAGAAAGUGAUGUGAAUGCCCUGAAAAUUGGCUUUCAUGACUCAAGAGAUUCUAUUUUAGACAAUGAGGGGAGGAGACUAAGACCAAGCAGAGAUGUCAUGAAAACUGGGAACAAGGGGAGCUGUUUGAAAAAUGUGAAAGAUGAAGCUGAAAAGCAAACCAGAUCUUUCAGACAUGGUCAGACCAAUGAGAAGAUCCAUGCAGGGAUAGUGUCCCCAAGGAACCUAGUUAGAUCUUUGUCAGCUCCAGUUUCAGGAACUUCCUUUGGCAAGCUACUUUUAAAGGAUCGGCACAUUUUAACUGGGGCUCACAUCAGGAGGAAGCAUGAAGCUGCUGAAAAUGUUUCAGUGGAAGUGAGAAAAAUAAGGAAAGAGAGGUUCAGCCUCGGAGGGAAAGUUUCAAAUCUCAGAUCCAGUUUCAGUCUGAGAGGUAAACUAUUUGGCAGAAAGAUCCAAUCAGACGACGAAGCAGGAAGCAGUGAAUCUGAUUCCGUGAAAGACAUCAUGAGUGGGCCUUCUGUUGGGACGAAUUUUGGCAAUCCCCAUGAGAACUCAACUGAGGUGCCACCGAGCCCUGCAUCAGUAUGUAGCAGUGCUCAUGAAGAACUCUGUAGGCCAGUAGACCAUCCAAGCCCAAUCUCCACAUUGGAUGUACCCUUGAUAGAUGAUUGUCCUGUGCCACAGGUUUUCAGAGAGAUAAGCUCCAACCUUCACGAGCUGCGAAGGCAGUUGAAUGAGCUCGAAUAUGAUUGCUCCGAAGACAUGGUGAUGAAAGAGGAGCCCUUGGAGGUCAAGGUUGAGGAAUUAGACGACCCAGCAGAAGCUUACAUACGAGAUCUCCUUGUUGCUUCUGGUUUUUAUGAUGGUUUGUUUGAUGAUGGUUCUUAUUCUAGAUGGGACCCCCUUGGGAUGCCCAUAAGCAACUGGAUUUUCAAAGAAGUGGGAGAAUCUUAUAGAAGAAGGGACAAGGAGGAGGAAGAAGAUGAUCAUUGUGACAAAGAAUUAGACCAGAAGUUACUGUUUGAUUUGACUAAUGAAGCACUAUCUACCAUGCUCAGACCUUCUUCAAGGAUGACUUCAAGAUUAAAAUGGAAGACAGUUAAUUCUAGCAUGGUUCCACAACCCUGUGGGGAGAAAUUGUUGGAUAGUGUAAUUGAAACGAUCUGUGGGUACUCGUAUCGUCCAAUGGAUGAUUCAUGUUAUACGAUUGAUUCAAUGGUGGCACGAGAUAUAGGGGUGACACCAUGGUGGUGCAAGGUGAUGGAUCGUGAUGUUGAGGCAAUAGAAAGAGAGGUGGAGCGGAUGAUUCUAUCCGAGUUGAUUGGGGAGACUGUGAGGACCAUGUACUCAUAGUGCAGUUUAGGCUACUUUGAACACAAUGGCUUUGUUAACUGUGGUUUGUAAAUUCAUUCUCCAUAGUUUCUAUUUGAGCUUGGGUUUCUAGUAGUGUAUACGAAAUGUACAAUUUUUCUCAUAGUCAAAGAGUCGCAAUUAAAUGGCUCUCCUGACAUAUGGAAUCGAAUUCUUAUUUAUUACAUGAAA